AUGACAUCCUAUCUUAGGCAGAUCCAGAUCACAGGGCUCCUGCUCCUCAUCCUCAUCCACAUCAGCACCUCGGAGCCCGCGAAGACCAACGCUCGGCCUGUCCAUGAGAUCAUCAACGAACAAGCCCGAAGCGACGACAAAACCCGGCUAGGUACCCCCGGGACUUUACCCUACGGGAACCCCCUAGCUGGGAACUCCCUGAAGAACGCCAGACUACACGCGGCGAACCAACAAGCGAUGUUCAACGCUGAAAGAGUGAGACAACACAGAGCACAACUCCAAAGAUGGACGAAGGCACCUCCUCAAGUCGAUAGCUACAUGAGAGCCUAUCAGGAAUCUCAAGAAAGCCAUCAACUGGCUCUAGAACAGCAGCAGGCCAAUUUAAGAGACAAAAAAGUCGCGAAUCCUGAUGCUAAACCAGCAACUAAACCUAGAGUCACUGUUACCAGAACUCAAACUCUAAAACGAGGAGUCAAAGUCAUCCCAGAAGCAGUCAAAAUGAAUAAAGAUAUUAAAGAGAAAAAUAGAAACCAUAGGUCUCAUGGUUCCGUUGAAUACCAUCAAUAUUUGGAGCCUAAAGCGUAUAAGUCUGUAUAUGUGUCCCCAGGACCGACGUACGACCAAGGAGUGACGAUUAAACCAAAUGGAAACAUAGGAUUAGCGUCCUUCAAACCAUCGCCGGAAGAACCUAAAUUGUUUACAGAAGCGAUCCCGAGUAAAACUCGAUAUGUCUACCCGAAACAAUACAGUCAAAUGCAGCACUACGAGUCAGCGAAAGACAUUGAAGCUUUAAACUCGUUAUUGAACAAGAAUCCACAAGUUCAAGUGUCAGAAUUAAACGCUCUGCUAAGUCCAGGAGCAACAGAACCUAAAGAUGUCCUAGACACUCCAAUCGACUUGUAUUUCUACGCGAAAAACCCUUCAGCCGAAUUACACUCCAAUUAUUACGAUGACCAAUACGCUCAGAUACCUCCAACGUAUGCUAGCGCUUACAUGCCAGAGGUCAAAGAUUACACGCCUAUUACAGAAGAAGUAGACGACAUCGAAAACCCUGAUAAAGAGCCUAAAAUCAAACCGAUUGGAAAACAAACAAUCCUAACUCCUCAAGUUCCUGAAGCCGAAACUACAACCACUAAAAGUAAUAAUUACUACAAAGUCGAAGUUGCAAGUCAAAUCAUCAGCUCAGGGUACAGGCCUCAUGACGUCAAGCCUUUUAUUCCUGAAGAAGCAAAAGAGUCUUCACCACACAGUCAACCUCUAGUGUACUAUCUCAAAAAAGGUCCGAAAACCGAAGGAGAUUCAAGCCAAAGAUAUUUGCAUCACAACUCUGAACACCAUGGAGUUCAGCAUCUCUCUGAAGACGGCACAGGGACCUCAGCAUUCGGUGACGACAAUCUCCACUACGCCGCCAACUACGAGUUCGGUUACCGUGUGCGCGACGCACACAGCGGCAACGACUUCGGCCACCAAGAAGCGAAGCACGGAGACAGCACGAAUGGACGAUACCACGUGCUUUUACCCGACGGAAGAAUGCAGAAGGUGCAGUACUCGGCUGGACCAGAGGGAUUCCACGCGGAUAUUUCUUACGACCACUUGCAAUAGAGGUUGGUUUGAAAGCUUACGCUCGUAUUCACAAACGAUGCUUGCUUAAGUGAAGCAGCAAAUCGAACGCACAGCGUUGAAUAGAGUUCUGUG